AUGCCACCAAAAAAUGCCGUCAAGAGGAACCAGAAAUCGUCGAAGCAGCGCGACAACUUUGACGAGGCCGCCAUCGACGCCUUGAUCAUGGCUAUUGAGGGCAAGGCGAAGAAGGGUACCACUAAGUCGCAGCUGAAGCAGAAGGAGGAUAAGUCGCUGAGUCGCGCGAAUGGUCAAAGCUACGUUCUGAGCGAGCAGAUGCGCAACGCGCUGCUGGCGCAGAUGCAGCAGCCGACUGCGCAGGAAGAGCAGUACGUGAACGUGCCGGUGCCGUUGACGGGGGAGGAAAAGGGAUGGCAGGAGGUGGCGCCGAACAGGUACAUCCGGUAUGAGCAGUUUGGCGGCAGCGACGCGGAAAUGAACUUUAUCGUAAACCUCUUCACCGCGGAACUGACGGAGCCGUACAGCAGCUUCACUUACCAGUACUUUGUCUUUGGCUGGCCCGACCUCUGCAUCACGGCAUUCGGCGUCGAGAGUGAGACCAAGCCCGAUAAUUCGGUCGUCGGCGAGAAGGUCGGCGCGGUAGUGUCGCGUGUGACACGCAAGGGCGCUGGUAUGCCGCUGCGCGGCUACGUGGCGAUGUUUGCCGUGGUGCCCAAGUUCCGCGGCUACCGCCUCGGCAGCCGUCUCGUCUCGCUCACCGUCGAACUGAUGCGCGCGAAGGGCUGUGACGAGGUGUAUCUCGAGACGCCAACGUCGAACGUUCGCGCCCUGGGACUCUACUUGAACCUCGGCUUCGCCAAGACAAAGUACCUGCCCCGCUACUACCUUGAUCACUCUGACGCCGUGCGUCUGAAGCUGUGGCUGAAGGAUGCCAUCCCAAAGUCUGUCCCAGAGACUGCUUCCACGGCUGGUGUGGAGAAGGCGUAG